AUGAGCUUUAAAGACGAUUUGAAUGGUGCUGCUACAGCUGUCAAUCCACUUGCACAGCAAUAUAAUCGAGCAAUCACCCUAUACAGAUUCUAUCUCGACAAGAUUGUACCACACGUGAAAGAAAGAUGGGCAGCUUUAGCAGGACUCCUAUUUUUGUUUCUUGUGCGCAUUGUUACUUCCCAAGGAUGGUACGUUGUUUGUUACGCCCUUGGAAUAUUCCUUUUGAACCAAUUUUUGGCCUUUCUUACCCCAAAGUUUGAUGUGUCCCUACAACAAGAUGAAGAAAACAAGGAGCUGGAAGCUGGUGAGCGGUCUGAUGAGUUUAGGCCAUUCAUCAGAAGAUUACCUGAAUUUAAGUUCUGGUAUAACUCUGUCAGGGCUACAGUUCUUUCCAUCUUUUUGACUUUAUUCUCCAUUGUCGAUAUACCUGUAUUUUGGCCAAUUCUACUAAUAUAUUUCAUCAUAUUAUUCGCCCUAACCAUGAGAAGACAGAUUCAGCACAUGAUAAAGUACAAAUAUAUCCCAUUAGACAUUGGUAAAAAGAAAUAUUCACGUCCUUCGGUUUGA